AUGGGUAGAAGAGUGAUGGCUGCGGCGCACGUGCUGCACUACGGAGUGGGCAUACCGGUUCGUAGGGUACCGACGGUGCUGAGGGCGCUGACCGGUGUGGAGUUGAGCCAGAGCGCGAUCACCCAGGACGCACUGCGCCGUGCCCGGGGCGCUGUGGGAGAUGGGUACCGUAGGCUUCGGGAGUCUGUGCGUGAGAGCGCGGUGGUGCACACCGACGACACGGGCUGGCGAGUGGGCGGAGAGUCUGCGUUCCUGAUGGCGUUCGAGACCGAUGACGCCACGGUGUACCAGGUGCGCUCUCGUCACCGUAACGAGGAGGUCAGGGAGGUUGUACCUGCCGACUAUGCGGGAGUGAUGGUGACCGAUCGAGCGCGGAGCUACGAUGCUCAGGCUCUGUCGGGAGUGAGACAGCAGAAGUGUCUGGCGCAUGUGCUGCGCUCGAUCAGCGAGGUUAUCGAGACCAAGGUGGGCAGUGGCCGCAGCUUCGGGAAGCGACUGAGCGAGUUGCUCAGAGAGGCGAUGGAACUGCGGGAGUCGGAACGUCGUGGAGAGGUGGCGGACUAUGGUGGGGAGACGGAGCGGUUGAGACGAGAGGUGAGCCACCAUCUGCGGGACCGUCCGCUGUCUGAUCGUGACAACUGGAGGCUGCAGAACGAGCUUGGCUGGCAGGAUGACCGUGGGAACCUGCUGCGCUUUCUGGACGAUGGUGGGAUAGAGCCGACUAACAACCGGGCGGAGCGGGCGCUGCGCGGUGCGGUGAUAGCGCGUAAGGUGUCACACUGCUCCAGGAAUGAGGCUGGUGCGGAUGCGUUCAGUGCGUUCACCAGUGUGAUCAGGACCCUGGCUCGGCACGGUGGGGGUCAGUCGGCGGUGGACGGUCUGUGUGGUGUGUUCAGCGGCGCGCCUGUCCACGCCCGCUCCAUCUGA